AUGGCUCGAAAUCUCAAGUCGUGCGAGGCAAUAAGGAUUGAGGAAGAGAUUGGGAAAAAGAAGAAAAAGUUCAGGCAAAUAAUUAUUUCUUUAUUCGAUUUACCCGAAAGUUCAUCCCUUGGCCGACGAGGAAGAUCUACUCAGCCGGUAAGAUCAAUUGGCCAGUCGUUCGAUAACAUACCCCUCCAAUCGCGAGCCAACUUUAGCACACUUCGGUAG